AUGUCGCCGGCCUUUGGGCCACGGGACAUGGAGGAUGAGGACUUUGAAGCUCUUCCGGCAGCUAUUCCUGGCUUGGACCGGACCUGCGAUGCACGGCCGUCAUCUCCAGAAGUGGAGGAGUGGUGUCAGAGGAGUUGUACUCAGCUUUUGGCCUUCCUACGCAUGCGUGCGGAGUUUGAGGCUAUCGACUUUAAUGUCUAUAAGGCUGCGGAUGCCAUGAAUACUUGGUCGAGCUGUCCUACAGCACACCGGGGAAUUGUGCUGGCGCGUAUAGCUCAGAGAUUGCGACAGCUACCACAGGAUUCAGCAAGCUUACAUACUGCUCGAAGGCUUUUAGUGAACGCAGAAUAUGUUUCACGCACCUAUGUGGUUGAUAUAAAUCUUACAGGCUACUUGGCGAGCGGCACCAGCUAUGCACCUUGGUUUCACAUGGGCACAGUACAUCGAAUAGUUAUAGAGAAGUUUCCGGAGAUUUUGGACAUCAACGAACCGGAUGCAGUGGCAUCCAGAGAAGAGCUCGUUGCCGCUUUGAAGCACUACCUGUCCCUGGAUACAGCUGCUAGUGGAUUGCAAUUUAGGCGGCUGAGACGGCCAUCUUGGAGCAGUUUGGACAUGUCAGCCAGUCUUUUUGCCGACGCCGAUAUUUUGCGCAUUACUGAAGCCCCAGGACUUCUUGAUCAUGGUGGAGUAGAGAGCCCAGCGCGAGAUAGAAUGGAACAACUUCUUCAUCUUGGGCAGAAGUACUUGUUACAGGCCUAUUUGCACACCAAGGCACGUGCACCUCCAUCUUGGACAGAGAUGCAUGGCAUCAUCGCCACCGUGGGACGCUCUGCGGUGCCCUUGUUUGACCUCCUGGAUCGCCUUGACAGCCAAGUCAUCGAGGGCCUCCACCUCCGGGACUCAGUGACACAUAUCUCCAAGCCCUUUUUCGCACAUCUCUUACCCACUCGAAACGUGGAGUCGAACCACGUACGCUCCGUUUUAGAUUUGCAUUGUGAUCGAGUCUUCAAGGACCAAGUGGAUGAGCAUCGUGGGCAACCAAUCACUGUGGUUGAAGUUGGAGCACACCUGGGAGGCUGCAUCUUGUAUGCCCUGACCCAUUCUCACCACAAAAGUCGUGGCCUUGCCAUCGAUGCCUAUUUUCCGGCAGUGGCUGCGCUGCGGCGCACGGCAGAGAGUAAUGAGAUGAAGGAGAGGUUGACGGUCCUGGAGCAUUUUGUUUGCGCCAAUCAGAGUCACAAAUAUUCCUUGGUCUUCGAUGAGACCGGAGUGUUGAGUCAGCCGGGAUGGCAGGACGUCUCGGAAUGGCAGGAGGAUGUGGAGAAGCUGCCAGAGAUCAAGGAAUGCACAAGCUUAGAUUCCAUUCUCCAAUCUAAAGGCUUUGGCCAGGUAGACAUUCUCCGCAUCAGUGUCUUGGGUCGUGAAUAUUACGCGCUGCAAUCGGCAGAAGAAGCGCUUGCGAGUGGCCAGGUGAAGGUGGUGGCAGUUUCAAUUCUUCGGGACAAUUCGGCACCAGCGAAAAUAGCUCAACUGCUUCAGAGUCACGGGUACAAGCUCUACUUCAAUGAGCACACGGAUGAGGCGGUCGUCCGUGUCCUAUCAGACCGGGAGCAAAUUCCGGAAGGAACACUCACACUGGUUGCGCUGUACCAUCCACUUCACUGA